UCGGCGUGAGCGACGACGACGACCAACGAGAUAUCCCCGGCCCCGAGGCCCUCCUGCUCGACGUUGGGCUCGUCUUCUAACCACUCAGCUUUAUAUAACACCAUUGCUCUCCGAAUAUGCUCCGGCUGGUUUCGUCAGCGUCAAGGCCUGCGUCGACGGGCAUAUUCGGAGUGGUCGCGCCCGCUACUUCAGCCCGGCAAGGUCGCAGGACAUUUGCUUCCACCUCGAGCCGCCAAGCAGAUAUCACGCUUACCGUCGACGGGAAAGAGGUGACAGUACCUCAAGGUUCCGCGUUGAUUCAAGCUUGCGAGGCAGCCGGAGCGACGAUCCCGCGAUUCUGUUACCAUGAUAGACUCGCGAUUGCAGGUAACUGUCGUAUGUGCUUGGUAGAAGUCGAACGCUCGCCAAAACCUGUUGCUUCAUGCGCCAUGCCCGCCAUGCCAGGAACGAAGGUUUUCACCAACACUCCAUUAGUCCACGAGGCCCGCGAGGGAGUCAUGGAGUUUUUGCUUGCGAAUCACCCGCUGGACUGCCCCAUUUGCGAUCAGGGUGGCGAAUGUGACCUCCAGGACCAAUCCAUGCGGUAUGGUGCUGACCGCACACGCUUUCACGAAAUAACCGGCAAGCGUGCUGUUGAAGACAAGGACCUUGGACCGUUGGUCAAGACAUCCAUGAACCGCUGCAUUCAGUGCACUCGUUGCGUCCGAUUCGCGAAUGAAGUCGCUGGUGUAGAGGAGUUGGGUACGACUGGGCGAGGUAACGACAUGCAGAUCGGCAUGUACGUGGAGAAGACGAUGAACUCUGAGCUGUCCGGCAACAUCAUCGACCUCUGUCCCGUAGGUGCCCUGACAAGCAAGCCAUACGCGUUCCAUGCUCGUCCAUGGGAGCUCAAGCACACCGAUUCGGUCGACGUCAUGGAUGCUGUGGGCUCCAACAUCCGUGUUGACUCUCGUGGAGUUCUCGUCAUGCGCGUCCAGCCCAGACCGAACGACGAUGUCAACGAGGAGUGGAUCAGCGAUAAGACUCGCUAUGCGUACGACGGCCUGAAAUUCCAACGGUUGACUGUACCUCUCGUCAAGCGAGGCGACAGGUUCGUGAAUGCGUCGUGGGAAGAGGCGCUGGAGGCCGUUGCUGAAGGUUUGGCACGCUCAGGUGCUACAGGCGAUGAAAUCCAAGCUCUCGCGGGUCACCUCGCGGACACAGAGACUCUUGUUGCGCUGAAGGACCUCGUCAACCGCCUUGGCUCAGACAACCUUACCUUGGAUCAUGCCAAUGGUCAUGCUGCCCCCAUCCACGCUGUCGAUGUCCGGUCGAACUACCUCUUCAACUCAACUAUCCCUGGAGUUGAGCGUGCUGAUGCCAUUCUCUUGGUCGGCACUAACCCAAGGCAUGAGGCGGCUGUUCUUAACUCUCGCAUCCGCAAGAGCUGGCUUCAUACGGGUCUCGAGGUCGGUCUUAUUGGCGAUCGUGUCGACACAACGUACGGCUAUGAUUAUCUUGGCAGCGAUGCCAAGGCCGUCGCAGACUUCGUCGCUGGUAAAGGAGAGUUCGCCGAAAAGUUCAAGGCCGCGAAGUACCCCUUGAUUAUCGUCGGCAGUGCCCUCUCUGAGCAUCCUGAUGGUGCUGCAGUGUAUAACGCGCUCGCCAAGUUUGUUGAGCUGAAUCAUGAGAAGCUCAUCACUACUGAGUGGAAUGGCUUCAGCGUCCUUCAGCGUGCCGCAUCUCGUCCGGCCGCGUACGACGUUGGCUUCGUACCCUCGAAGAAGGCGUCAUCUGUCAAGCCCAAGUUUGUCUACCUCCUGAACGCCGAUGAGGUCGAUCCGAAGUCUAUUCCUCGCGACGCCUUCGUCGUGUAUCAGGGUCACCACGGCGAUCUUGGUGCUCAACUUGCGGAUGUCUGUUUGCCUGCUGCUGCCUACACUGAGAAGUCAACAACCUGGGUCAAUACUGAGGGUCGGUCGCAACUAGGUCGUGCCGCGGUUCCACCACCAGGUGCCUCCCGUGAGGAUUGGAAGAUAGUCCGUGCACUCUCUGAGGUUCUCGGCUACCCUUUGCCGUACGACGACGUCCUUACGCUCCGGGACCGCAUGUGGGAGAUUUCACCCACGCUCGUCCGCUACGACACUACCGAGCCAACAUCAAGAGAGGUUAUGCUUGCAGGCCUCAAGACUUUGAUCUCUGGCACUGCGAACUCGAAGGUCACGGGUACAACCUUUAAGAAGCCAAUAGAAAACUUUUACCAGACGGACCCUAUAUCAAGAGCAUCUGUGACAAUGGCGCAGUGCACCCGUGCCUUCGUCAAGGGGGAGGAUUACGGCUUCAGCGACUUGUCAAGUAAAACCCAGGCCUCAUACGCGUAGAGUUAGUCGGGAAUCGCAAUGCAUUGUUGUUUUAUUUGCUCUCAAAGACAGUUUACGGACACAGAUAAGCCGUUUCAUGAGCCAAAAGUAGAUACGGUCUGGAAUGCGAAAGGUUCUUCACUGACUGAACCCACUAAUUCCGCUGAAGUUAACGAUUUCCCCAGCACUGCCUCCGGAGACGGCGAGAUCCGACCAGUCCCAGGUGCCUACAAUAAUGCUCAGCCAGAAUUCAAUAACCGCAUGUACUCCCCACUUACCGGUGCAAGCGCCCUUUCCACAGUUGACUGCAACGCGCUCCGCACCACUGUUUACAGACAGGGUCGUCUUCGAGCCGACGAAGUUGAUGUCCUGUUACAAAUCUGGAUGAGACUUACGCCAUCGAGCAGACAAUUCUCAGCACGCACGGAGAUGAUGCAGCCUGUGCCAGGUGUGCCGAGCGUGUCGGGGUAGCUCUGCAGAGUGUGAGACGUUCCGUCCAACCGUGGGGACUGGACAUGCUCACCUGGUCAAUGAGGAUACCGAACUGCUGCAGGCCUGAGCCCGUGUUGCCACUGUAGGUGACAUUGGUGACGGAUGCACUCGUCGCGUCCGAAUCGGUCUUGAUGCGCAGGCCCUGCUGACUAUUCACGAUGUUGUUGUUCUGGAUAACGACACCGGACACGGUCGCGCCGCUGCUGAUCGAGCCCUAGAGAUACAGCUCGUUAG